AUGGAUACUGGUUCGGAGAGUGAAGAGGUCACCUCGGAGGAAUUUCGAACCGAGAACCUGGAAUUCAAGAGUUACGAUCCCUCGACAGAUGAUAAGUUCUUCAAUGAGGUUCAAACAUAUUCGUCUUCAGUCAUCAACUGGUGCGCAUCAACUCCACGGCCGAUGGACCUCAACUUCACCUCUCGCGUUGCCAAGCAUCUCCAGAGGAACUCGCACUUGUUUGUAAUUAUCUACGGAAAAGACGAGUUUUUCGAUUUCGUACCUGCUGGGACACUUUUCUUGGAGUCAUAUCAUCGAGAUAUGGUUCAUCAUCGAUGCUCCAAGCUGGGAAUCGGUAUGCUAAAGGAACACCAGCAUUAUGAGACCGAGGCAAUCAACUGGGCUUUGGACUGGGCAUUCAACAGUGCCGGUCUACAUCGAGUGGAGAUGAACGUGCCAUCGUGGAAUAUGCGAGUGGGCAAGAUGUGUGAGGAGAUUGGAUUCCAAACAGAGGGGGAUAGGAGGGAAUGUUAUUUCAAAGACGGCGAGUGGUGGAACGAAGUGAAAAUGUCCAUGCUGCAGAGGGACUGGAAGGAACGUCAGGGCUAG